CUCAAAGCUCUUAUCUAAAGCUAGAACGUGACAAACUUGCCUCUAUAUAUUCUCAUUAUAUCUCUUAACGCAUAUUCAUUUUGGUUAAAGCAAAACAUUCUAACUGAGAGAUGGAGAUGGAGAGGGAGAUGAAGAGAGGACAUGUAUUAGCAGUUCCAUAUCCAACUCAAGGACACAUCACACCAAUCCGCCAAUUCUGCAAACGACUCACCUCCAAAGGUCUCAAAACCACUCUCGCUCUCACCACUUUCAUCUUCAACUCCAUCAAACCGGACCCAUCUGGUCCAAUCUCCAUAGCCACCAUCUCAGACGGCUACGACCUCCAUGGAUUCGACUCAUCUGCCUCCAUCCACGACUACCUCCAAGACUUCAAAACCUUUGGCUCCAAAACCAUCGGAGACAUCAUCAGCAAACACCAGACAAGUGACAACCCCAUCACUUGCAUCGUCUAUGAUGCUUUCAUGCCUUGGGCGCUCGACGUUGCCCGAGAGUUUGGUUUAGCUGCGAGUGUUUUCUUCACGCAGUCUUGUGCUGUUAACUACGUUUACUAUCUUUCUUACGUAAACCAUGGAAGCUUGAAGCUUCCUAUUGAUGAUUUGCCUUUUCUUGAGCUUCAAGAUUUGCCUUCUUUCUUCUCUGUUUGUGGAUCUUACCCUGCUUACUUUGAGAUGGUGCUCCAACAGUUUACAAACUUUGAAAAAGCUGAUUUCGUUCUCGUUAAUACCUUCCAAGAGUUGGAUCUUCAUGAGAAGGAGUUGUUAUCAAAAGUUUGUCCUGUCUUGACAAUUGGUCCGAGUGUUCCAUCAAUGUACUUAGACCAACGGAUCAAAUCAGACACAGACUACGAUCUGAAUCUGUUUGACUCGAAAGACUCUGCCUUCUGCACUAGCUGGCUCGACACAAGGACACAAGGGUCGGUGGUGUACGUAGCAUUCGGAAGCAUGGCUAAGCUGAACAAUGCGCAGAUGGAGGAGCUUGCUUCAGCAAUAAGCAACUUCAGCUUCCUGUGGGUUGUCAGAGAUUCAGAGGAGGCAACACUGCCAUCAGGGUUUCUUGAGACAGUGGAUAAAGAGAAGAGUAUGGUCUUGAAGUGGAGUCCCCAGCUUGAAGUUCUAUCAAACAAAGCCAUAGGUUGCUUCUUGACUCACUGCGGCUGGAACUCAACUAUGGAGGCGUUGACCUUUGGGGUUCCCAUGGUUGCUAUGCCUCAAUGGACGGAUCAACCGAUGAACGCGAAGUACAUAAAAGAUGUGUGGAAAGCCGGAGUUCGUGUGAAGAUGGACGAGGAGAGUGGGAUUGUUAAGAAAGAGGAGAUUGAGUUUAGCAUUAAGGAAGUGAUGGAAGGAGAGAAGAGUAAAGAGAUGAAGGAGAACGCUAAAAAAUGGAGAGACUUGGCUGUCAAGUCACUCAGUGAAGGAGGGUCUACAGAUGUUAACAUUGAUACAUUUGUAACAAAGGCUAUCUGAGCAAAUAAGUUACUAGCUGAAGUAGCAAAGAAGUUACGUAUCAAACCAUUCCUUCAUGUCCUAAUCACUAUGCUUUGUUUCUUAAUUACUCCAGUUGUUUGUCGUAGUUAAUUGCCACAUUUAUGUUAUGGAAACUGUUUUUUUUAUCACAUACUCCCUCCGUUUCAUAUUAAG